AUGCUCUGUCUUCGCUUUCGCUCUUCCCUCCAGUUCAGUCAGAGUGUGCUGCUGCACGCAUUCAGUUCAGUCAGAGUGUGCUGCUGCGCACAUUCAGUUCAGUCAGAGUGUGCUGCUGCACGCAUUCAGUUCAGUCAGAGUGUGCUGCUGCACGCAUUCAGUUCAGUCAGAGUGUGCUGCUGCACGCAUUCAGUUCAGUCAGAGUGUGCUGCUGCGCGCAUUCAGUUCAGUCAGAGUGUGCUGCUGCACGCAUUCAGUUCAGUCAGAGUGUGCUGCUGCACGCAUUCAGUUCAGUCAGAGUGUGCUGCUGCACGCAUUCAGUUCAGUCAGAGUGUGCUGCUGCACGCAUUCAUUUCAGUCAGAGUGUGCUGCUGCACGCAUUCAGUUCAGUCAGAGUGUGCUGCUGCGCGCAUUCAGUUCAGUCAGAGUGUGCUGCUGCACGCAUUCAGUUCAGUCAGAGUGUGCUGCUGCAUGCAUUCAGUUCAGUCAGAGUGUGCUGCUGCACGCAUUCAGUUCAGUCAGAGUGUACUGCUGCACGCAUUCAGUUCAGUCAGAGUGUGCUGCUGCACGCAUUCAGUUCAGUCAGAGUGUGCUGCUGCGCGCAUUCAGUUCAGUCAGAGUGUGCUGCUGCGCGCAUUCAGUUCAGCGCGCGACAAGGUAUCUCGCUCAUCAGUGGCGGACAACGAGUCGGGCAAGAGCGUGUUGAGUGAGAUCCGCACGAGCUCAGGCACAUUUCUCAACAAGUAUCAGGACGACAUUGUGAAGCGCAUAGAGGAGCGCAUUGCAGCAUGGACCUUCCUCCCCAAAGAGCACGGCGAAGCGAUUCAAAUACUAAAGUACGAGAUCGGGCAGAAGUACGAGGCCCACUUUGACUAUUUCUUUGACUCAGUCAACACACAGAUGGGCGGUCACAGGGUGGCGACGGUGCUCAUGUACUUGACCACGGUGGAGGCAGGAGGGGAGACGGUGUUUCCCAAUGCGCAGCCUAGGCCUCCCACGGACGCCACAGCGUCUGAAUGUGCGAACAGAGGUCUGGCAGUCAAGCCUCAAAAGGGCGACGCGCUGCUCUUCUACUCCCUCCACCCGGACGGCACCACGGACCAGUCAUCAUUGCACGCCAGCUGUCCCGUCAUCCGCGGGGAGAAGUGGUCGGCAACCAAGUGGAUCCACGUGCGCUCCUUUGAGGCGCGGCCCUUGGCACAUGGCUGUGAGGAUUUGAACCCUAAAUGUGAGGAGUGGGCGGCGCUAGGCGAGUGUAAAAAGAACCCGGCGAUGAUCGAUGGCGCAGCGCUGCUCCCCGCGCAGGUGCUGCGCAACCUCUCCGACAAACUCUACGACAAGCGCAAGGCGGCCGCGCUCGAGAUCGAGACGGCAGUGAAGGCGGCUGUAGCAGAGGGCAACGAUGAGCGGAUCAACGCAAUCAUUUCCCUGCUGGCCAAUGAUUACGCCACGUCAGCACAGCCGAACCAGAGAAAGGGGGGUCUCAUAGGGCUGGCGGCGGUCACGGUGGGGCUGGGACCUGACGCCAGUCAGUACCUCGAUGUACGUGUGGGGGGGGGAGGCAUUGAACGAUUGGGCAUGAGAUUCAUGGUGCUCUCAUGGCUCAUAGGGCUGGCGGCUGUCACAGUGGGGCGGUUCCCUGACACCAUCCAGCCAGUACCUCGAUGGCUGGCGGCUGUGAUCGUGGGGCUGGGGCCGGACGCCAGUCAUGUUGAUGCUGCGGCUGUGGGUCUCAUAGGGCUGGCGGCUGUCACACUGUGGGGCUUCCUGGGCCGUGACGCCAACUCGAUGUACGUUGGGGGGUUCGUAGGGGGCGCCUUCCGUUGCGCGCAACACAUCACGCGCUGGAAAGGGCUGAAAUGGAAGGACGUCUGUCUUUGCAAGGCGCCUAUCCCUUCUGCCGACCGCGGCGCCGUCCGCGUAUUGUACGAAGGCAAACACGCUCGCAGGGAAGGGAAGAAGAAGGCGAAGGAGAUGGCGAUCGAGGCGUGUGCGGGUGGAGCGAAGAAGCAGUGCAUCGAAGACUUCUACGGGGAAGGGGCUUCGUGUGCGAAGGAAUCGGCAGACGACGCCAUCUGCCUCAUGUGGGCGGCACUUCACCUCCCGGAGCAUCUCGCCGAUCACCCUCUCUGGCGCAACGCUGUGCGCUGCAUCACGGACGCGGGCCAUGGCUACGUUCCCCCGAAGCGGCGGUAUGUUGGUGGCGCCGGCCUUGCGCGCUGCCGCGAAAAGAUCGAGAGGGGGCUCGCUCCCAUCACUGCAAGCUGGAAGCGGGAUGGCGUGACGAUAGGCUCGGACAUGAUGACGGACAAAAGUGGCCGUCCCCAAGCCAACAUCCUGCUCAUCAACGAUUCCGGUGCAGUGUUCACCGAAAGCAUCGACUGUAUGUUGGAGACGAAGACGGGAGGCUACAUUGCAUCCGUUUUGCGCCCGAUCAUUGAGAAGGUGGGGCUCGCCAACAUAGUUGCGUUAUGCAUGGAUGGGGGCAGCAAUUAUGCGGCUGCAUGUAGGGAACUCAUGCUUGAGUAUCCUCACAUUGAGCAUGUGCUGUGCGCUACUCACGUCAUGGAUCUGCUCAUGGAGGACAUUGGGAAAAUGGAUUGGGCGAAGGACAUUGUGGCUAAGGCGGGGGUGAUUAUUACCUUUGUGCGUGUCCACCAUUUCACCAAAGGCUUGGGCGAAGGGGAGGAAGCCGCCGGUCGAGCCCUUCGAAGCCAUGAUCAUGGAUGCCGUGUGGUGGAAAGGGGCGGAGUUCUUCGUCGUCUCCUGAAGAUACCCUUUGUCGUCAUGCGCAAGACCGACUCGACGGCUAAGGGCAUGAUGGGCAGGAUGUACGAUCUGAUGCUGCAGCUCACGGAAGACAUCAAUGCGAAGCUGGAGGAGGAGGAGGCGGGAUUGGUGCUGUCCAGCAGUGAACGCACGGAGGUGACCAACAUCGUCCAAAAGCGCUGGGACCAUAGCAUGGCGUGUGCCAUGCACGUGGUUGGCCGGAUCCUCAACCCGGUCAACCAAGAGGAAGGCAUCUUCCGCACUGACCUGGAGUGUACUCGCGUCUUCAAAGUGUUUGUCGCUCGUCACUACGCAGGGCGGACCGUCACGCGCAAGGAUGGCGAGGAGCUGCGCGCAUCCCACGUCAUCCAGGACGGCCUGACGGCAUUCAACACCCUUCAGGGGAGCUUCGGCCUACCCGACGCCAUCUCUGACCGUGAGCUCGUGAAGGCCGGCAAGAAGACGGCCGUCCAGUGGUGGACGUGGCACGGGACGGAGCACCCCGAGCUGACAACGCUCGCUUGCCGCGUUCUCUCUCAGCCAGUGUCCGCAUCGGCGUGUGAGAGGAACUGGGCAGUGUGGGAAUCGAUCCACACUGCCAAGCGCAACAGGUUGGGGUCCGAGAAGUGUCGGGACCUCGUGUAUGUUGCGCACAAUUGGAACAUUGUGCGCAACUGGCACAAGGGGGCUGAGUGGGUGACGGUUCUCCCGGGGAACACCCCUGAGGCCUCCCUGCCGGAAGGGUACAACGAGCGCAUCGUGCCAGAGGUGCUCAAGUCGUUCUCAGACUCGGACAGUCGAGUGCGCUACUACGCCUGUGAAGCGCUCUACAACAUCGCCAAGGUGACACGUGGCGACUUCAUAGUGUUCUUCAAUGACGCGUUCAACGCUCUCUGCAAGCUCUCUGCUGACCUGGACCCCAACGUGCAGUCCGCCGCCCACCUGCUGGACCGGCUUGUCAAGGUGCCCCCUUGCCCGUCCCUGUCACUGCCUCUCUCUGCCCACAUCCACCCCCUUCACUUCUCACUUCCCGCCUCGCCUCCAUUACUGCUCCCUCUUCUCGUUCCCAUCCACAUCCUUUCUCCUUCUCCUUUGUGCAUAGGGGAAUUCAUUCCUUUGCUCCGGGCGCACAUGAGUGUGCUCAACCCCUUGUUCCUUCCUCGCCGGCUGGAUCACUGCUGUCCCGUGCCUCACACCCUGCGCCUGCCCUUGUCAUGCCCCAUACCCUUGUCUUUGUGCCCCAUGACCUACACUGCUGUCCCUAUAGAAGAGUUCAUCCCGCUGCUCCGAGCGCACAUGAGUGUGCUCAACCCCUUCGUGCAGCAGUUCCUGGUCGGAUGGAUCACCGUGCUGGACAGCGUGCCUGACAUUGACAUGCUAGGAUUCCUACCCGACUUGCUAGACGUCGGCUGGAUCACGGUGCUUGACAGCGUGCCUGAUAUUGACAUGCUUGGCUUCCUGCCCGACCUGCUGGAUGGUGGGUUGGUUGCUUGGUGCGUGGAUUGUGUGUGUGUGCCAUCUGAGUCCAAGUCCAGUCAAGUCAGUAGACAGCUUGACAGCGUGCCUGACAUUGACAUGCUCGGCUUCUUACCAGACCUGCUGGAUGGCCUGUUCAACAUGCUGGGCGAUUCAGCCCACGAAAUUCGAGUGCAGGCAGACAGUGCUCUGAGGGAGUUUUUGCACGAGAUUCGCCACGCGCCUGCCGUGGAGUAUGGGCGCAUGAUGGAGAUCCUGGUGCAGCAGGCACCCAUUCCCUUUGUCGCCCAUCCCAAUCCUGCCGUCACAUUCUCCUCCCCCCUGCCCCAUCUUCAGGCGGUGGAGUACGGGCGAAUGAUGGAGAUCCUGGUGCAGCGAGCGGGGUCCUCUGAUGAGUUCACUCGCCUCACUGCUGUCACAUGGGUAGGAUGGGAUGGGAUGCUGUCACAUGGGUAUGAUGGCAUGGGAUGCUGUCACAUGGGUAUGAUGGCAUGGGAUGCUGUCACAUGGGUAUGA